ACCACGUGGGGAGGGGUGAAGGUAGGAGCUACAACUGCAGUCUAGCCCCGCUGCAGCUCACGUUUAUCUGACAGCUACUGAGCUGUGUCUUGUGGGCCACGACAGCAGUUCUGUCGCUCGUUGGUCUGCGGAACUACUUGACCGUUUCUCCCCAUAAAUCCACUCCCUUAAUUCUGCAAGCAGCCCCUCUCCCUACUUAGCUCCUUCCUCGAGUGUGUUUCCGGGGUAAUCUGCGACAAAGGGAAUCAAGCACGUUUCUUUCUCUUCAGGUGCAGUCUCUCAGUUUCUCUGGUAGAAAUCUGCAUGUUUAAACCAGGGGUCAUGGGCUUCCUUGGGAGCGCAGUUCGGCGAGUGUUCUCAGCAGUGAGGUCUCCUCUUUCUCCGCUGUGCCGGACAAGCACUCGGUCCUACAGCUCGGAGCUCACCAAGGAAAAGAGUGUUCCCUACGAGAAGACACUCAAACAGGAGGAUGGAGCCUCCUCAGGACCCACUAAGCCAUUACCCAGGUCAGCUGAUGCGGUGGUGAUUGGAGGAGGAAGCCUGGGCUGUCAGACCAUUUACCACUUGGCCAAAAUGGGAAUGACCAAUGUAGUUCUGCUGGAAAGAGACAGACUGACUGCUGGCACCACCUGGCAUACUGCAGGCCUCCUGUGGCAGCUGCGACCCAGUGAUGUUGAGGUGGAGCUCUUGGCCCACACCAGGAAUGUGAUUAGCAAAGACCUAGAGGAGGAGACGGGUCUCCAUACAGGCUGGAUCCAGAACGGAGGGCUCUUCAUUGCUUCCAACAAGCAAAGACUUGACGAGUACAAGCGCCUCAUGUCGCUGGGUAAAGUUUAUGGUAUUGAGUCCCAUGUCCUUUCCCCGGCUGAGACGAAGGACCUGUAUCCUCUGAUGAAUGUCGAUGAUCUUUAUGGAACACUGUAUGUUCCAAAAGACGGCACCAUGGACCCUGCAGGUACCUGCACAACCUUGACCAGGGCAGCCACCGCCCGAGGAGCCACGGUGAUCGAAAACUGUCCUGUAACUGGCAUUCAAGUGCGAGCUGAUGAUAUCGGUGUGAAGAGGGUAAAGGCAGUGGAGACACAACACGGAACCAUUGAGACACCUUGUGUGGUGAACUGUGCAGGUGUGUGGGCCACCAAGCUGGGAGAAAUGGCCGGAGUCAAGGUUCCUCUCAUUGCUAUGCAUCAUGCCUAUGUGGUAACAGAGAGAAUCGAGGGCAUACAGAACAUGCCAAAUGUCAGGGACCAUGAUGCAUCAGUGUACCUGCGCCUUCAAGGUGACGCUCUGUCUGUGGGCGGUUAUGAAAGAAACCCCAUCUUCUGGGAUGAGGUGUCUGAUAAGUUCGCCUUCAGCCUGUUCGAUCUGGACUGGGAUGUCUUUAUGCAACAUAUUGAGGGUGCAGUCAACAGAGUUCCUGCUCUGGAACAGACUGGCAUUAAGUCCACUGUCUGUGGACCAGAGUCAUUCACAGCAGACCAUAAGCCUCUGAUGGGAGAAGCACCAGAGGUCAGAGGUUUCUUCCUGGGCUGUGGCUUCAACAGUGCUGGUAUGAUGCUGGGAGGUGGUUGUGGUAGAGAACUGGCUCACUGGAUCAUACAUGGCCGCCCUGAAAAGGACAUGUACGGCUAUGACAUCAGGCGCUUUCAUAACUCGCUGACAGACAACAAACGGUGGAUCAGAGAGAGGAGUCACGAGUCGUAUGCCAAGAACUACUCUGUGGUGUUCCCCUUUGAUGAGCCGUUGGCCAGCCGAAACAUGAGGAAGGAUCCUUUCCACCAGGUGCUCACAGAGCAGGGCUGCAUGUUCCAAGAGCGGCAUGGCUGGGAGAGACCUGGCUGGUUCAACAAAGAAGGACCUGUUGCUGUUAAAGACUAUGAUUAUUAUGGAGCUUACGAUGUGAAGAGGAAUGAAAAGUACAAAUACGAUGAACUGCUGGGUCAAGAGUACACCUUUGACUUUCCUCCACAUCAUGACGUGAUUAAGAACGAGUGCCUCUCAUGUAGACACAGUGUGGCUGUGUUUGACAUGUCCUACUUUGGAAAGUUCUAUCUCACUGGACCCGAUGCCAAGAAGGCAGCUGAUUGGCUGUUCACUGCUGAUGUCAACAAGAAGCCAGGUACCACUGUGUAUACCUGCAUGCUGAAUAAAAGAGGAGGGUCAGAGGCCGACCUGACUGUGAGCAGACUGGAGCCUGGUGCUGCCAACCUGCCCCUGGCACCAGAAUCCAACGGUGAUGCAUAUUACCUGGCCAUUGGAGGCGGUGUGGCAGAACACAACUGGAACCACAUUAGAACAGUUCUUCAGGAUCAAGGCUUUCGCUGCCAGUUGACGGACCACUCUGAGGACAUGGGGAUGAUCAGCAUCCAGGGGCCCAAAAGCCGGGAGGUAUUACAGGAGGUUUUAGACACAGACCUGAGCAACGAAGCUUUCUCCUUCUCCUCACACAAAGUUGUUAAUGCAGCAGGACAUCAGGUGCGAGCUAUGCGCCUGUCAUUUGUCGGAGAGCUCGGCUGGGAGCUGCACAUUCCCAAAGACUCCUGCCUUCCAGUCUACCGUGCUGUCAUGGCUGCUGGUGCAAAGCACGGCAUCAUCAACUCAGGCUACAGAGCCAUCGACUCGCUCAGCAUAGAGAAAGGCUACAGGCAUUGGCACGCCGACCUGCGCCCUGAUGACACACCAUUGGAGGCGGGGCUAGCCUUCACCUGCAAGCUGAAGAGUUCAAUCCCUUUCCAGGGUCGUGAUAUGUUAGAGAAACAGAAGAAGGAGGGACUGAAGAGGCGCAUCGUCUGCUUCACCACUGAUGAAAAAGUCCCGAUGUUUGGUCUGGAGGCCAUUUACCGCAAUGGUGUUCCUGUUGGUCACCUCCGACGUGCCGACUAUGGCUUUUAUAUCGACAAAACUAUUGGUUAUGGAUACAUCCGCAAUCCAGAUGGAGGAGUGGUGAGCGCUGACUUCAUAAAGAGUGGUGAGUUUACCCUGGAGAGGAUGGGAGUAGUAUACAAGGCCAAAGCACACCUCAAAUCUCCUUUUGACCCUGAGAAUAAGCGUGUCAAGGGCAUCUAUGAUUGAGAACGGACCACACAUGUAAAAACUGAUGAAAAACACACCAGCUACAGAACGGCACCAGAGUUGGAGCGAUUUACAACCUUUUGUACGAGCAGCUGUUUUUGUCUUCUGUCAAAUACAAGUUCAUCUCAAAUGUUGUUAAUUUUGUUCUGAUUUGAUUGGACUCAUGGGCGUAUGAUCGAUUUUAUGCUCAUUUGUAAAAUGUUGCAUGUUGAAAGCUGGUGAAAAAUGUGCAUCGGUGAAAAUCAAAUGUGACUGGAUUGUUAAGGGUGCUUCUGUUUCUCGUCUCCACGUUUUUAUAUCCACUCUGAGAGUAACAGCACUCUGUUUGAAUCGUCAUGCAAGUACUAAUACCAUGAAAACGUUCAAGGGGUACACUGAUCGUAUUAUCUCUAAGAGUCGAGGGAUUUGUGGUCCAGAUUGCCUUCAUCUUUCCAGGGUUUAACUUAAGAACUUUAAUAACGGAUGAUGUAUUUUAAACCGUUUUUUUGAAAUAAUAACUAAAACAUCUGUUGGUUGUUUAUGUCAAAGGAUCAACAGCCAGAUAUAGUAAAAACAGUUAACUGUUAAUCUGCAACUAACUCUGUUAGUAGAUCUCCAAAAGUUGAAUCUGUUCAUCUGGACGUAGCGUUUUGUGGGAGAAAUGUUUCGUCACUCAUCUAAGUGACUUCUUCAGUCUCAGCUGACUGCAGGUUUCCCCAAACCUUAUAAACAGUUAGUAGAGUUUGUAGUUAGUAGAGUUUUCAGUGCAACUCUUUGGAUAGAAUUUGGUCAGGUGUGUGUGUGUGUGUGUGUGUGUUUUCUAAACAGUACAAACAGCUGAUACAAGGGAUAUUUGGAUGUUUUUAUUUGUGGGAAGGUCUUUUGAAAAAGCUAAUCAGGCUCAAGAGAAAACUAUCCUUUAUUAGAAGUACUUUAACCUCCUAAGACCCGAACUCUUCCACGGCAUGCAUUUUUAAUUUCUCUUUGAUAUUUGGGCAUAUUGGGGCCCGAUGAAUGUAAAAACAAAGAAUUUCCAGAUUUUUUUUCUUUUACCUUAUUUUUGUUUUUAAGAAAAAUGAGAGCCACAUAUGAGGAUAUUCAUUUAAAAUUUUGAUAGAACAGUAGCAGUAUAAUGUCCUCGUAAGUGGAUAUCAGGCCCAUGUAGAGCAAAAUUGAGUAUUUUGGUCUAAAUAACCAAAAAUGUGAUGUCCACAUAUGUGGACGCCAGGUCCUAGGAGGUUAAUAUUAAUGGCGGUGUUAAUUCGACCUUUUACUUGGUUAUACUAAUACUCUGUAAUGGGGAGUAAAAGUAUUCUCAUAACAAUACAGACAUUUACAGAGAAUACAAUAACUGUUUGUGCUGAUAAUGAUGACAAAAUCCAGAGGCUUUUUUUAUGUUUGUUCUCUAAAUCUGAAGCAGACAUCCUGGGAGAGAAAGGAAGGCAAAAAAACAAAACAAAAAAACACCCAAAGGCACGACGUACCAGGGAAACAAGACACUAAUGAAGUAGAAUAACAGAAGACAACAGUUUUCAGAAAGCAGUUUUGGGAAAAGAUCUCCUUUGUCUUCUGAUCCGUCCCCUCAUGGUCAUGGCAUUUUGUGUUAAUGUACCGCCUUUUGUUCUUUAACAGAUAGAGGCUUGCUAAAUAAGGCGAGGUGUUAAUUUAUGCAUAGGUAAACCUCUCAUUUCAUCUUUGCUGUGAUUGCUUAAUAUUUAAAUUUGAAACUAAUAUCUUAGGGUAAGAAAGUAGCGAGUAAGGCAAGACAUGACUUUAUAGAUGUCAUGCUGGGAAAAAUCAAGUCGUUGGUGAAUACCUUCGCUUAUAUUGAUUUUUUUUUUUUAAGACUAAAAGCUCUUAAAAAACAAAGAAACAAAAAAGCCCAACUUAGUAUCUUUAAUGUAGGUGCUGUUUUUUAGUUAUAAUUAUUCUUUGUGUUUACACAAGUAUCUAAAUCUGGUUUGACACUCAUACGACAACUUACACUAAUACACUUCAAGUCCAGCACACACACUGUGAACAGCCCAAAAAAAGGUGUCUAAAUAAUGGAAGGCAUUUGUAUGUGUGUUUCCUGCUUCUCCCGCCGAUGUUUGUUGAAACCGGUUCAGCACGAAAUGUUUACUAAUGUGGAAUGAUUCAUUGAUUCUGCUCACAAGGCCAUUAAUCGUUGCAAUGGUUGUUCUCAGGAGCAGUCUAGGUUAAUAACGAGAUUUAUGUGGGAAAUUUGAAACACACUGAUAAAACACUGCAGCUCUUUUAUCACGUUGUAGGUAGAGUUUCUGUUUCUUUUGUUUGUUUCUUUUUUUCGCUUCUUCUUCCA